AUGACGAAGUCAAUCAACCCGGCCAAAUCUAUCCUUUCGAUCUUGAAAGAACGCGAUAUUCCGGUCAAAGGAAAUGAAGUCACGAAGGCCUUGGAGAACCAGGCAGAUUCCAGCCAUGCAGAAUGGACGAGACUCCUAGGCCAGGAUUCCCUCCUGUCGCAAGAGGAGCUCACCUUGCUCCGUAACCUCGAGAGUUCGGGUGCCCUGCAGGGCAUCCUCAGCGACCCCGACACCAGCAGGACGCGACCGCUCCUAGAUGAAGACUUUCGGGAAGCGAUUGAGUCGCUUAACACGUCGACCGCUGCGAUCCAGAAACAGACUGAAAUACUAAAAGCUCAAUGCGAAAAUUUGAACAAGCACCUUGGUCUGGAAGGAGAGCGGGCACUCGUGCAAAAGAGGGAAUCGGAACGGCUACGCCAAGAACACGAAUGGGCGAGGCAGGGUAUAAAGAAUGCGUCGGGUGAAUUGGUCGAAGAAGUGAACGUGGACCUGAAAAAUGAGUCAGAGAAAGUGAUGAUAGAUGGGAAAAGGAUACUUUCCUCACUGUCAUCGCGAUUGAAGGAGGAUGACAGGAUAUUCGUCCACCUGGAGAGACUGGCAUCUGAAGUAAAGUCUACUGAUGAAGAUGCCUUGUUAUCGAAGCAAGCCUCGGGAUUGUCUACAAUGUUGGCCGAGUAUACCACCAAGGAAAUACAACACCGACUUGACAGAUUGUACCUGGAGGGCAUCCAGGACUGCCACGGAAACGUUGACGGCUCGGCGGAAGUCUAUACUGGGCUCAUAUCUGCAUUGGAGGAGGAAUUGGAGUCUCUCUACCCGGAGAUUGACGUACUCGCUGAAGUUUCUACGAAACAGCAAUACAGCGAGCCUAUAUUACGAGAGGUCCACAAUCAGCACGAACAACUGCGCGUCGUCGCACACAAGAAGCUUGACUGUAUCAUGGAAGUUAUUGCGGACUUGGUAGCGUCUGCUGAGGGUUCGACCAAACGUCUGCAAGAUCGCGAGUCCGUCUGCGGCGCUCUCGAGACUCUCAGCGCUGCCUACCAAACCGAAGUGAGAGAUCAAAUCCCACAUCAUCCGGUUUCAAGGAGAGAUACCAUGAAAAGGCGCUCUGUCCAAUUCAAACCGAUGCUGGUGCCUUCUGAAGAAAGCACGAGCUCUUCUCCCGAGCACCAGGCUCUUGCAGGCCUCUUGCGCCGCACCGGUCUAUCCCUGGAGUCGGUCUUUCAGUCCGAAGAAGGCCAGGGUGGGGCCUCUCUCGAUGAAAGAAGACUGGUCAUGCUUGAGUGCCAAAGCGGCUAUGGGGUCGCAGCCGAUGCGCCCUUGAUGGCUGAAAUGGCCCCCACCGACCGAGCUACCCGACUUUUAUCAUACUAUCUUAACACGAGUGGUCAGCUUGAGGCUUCGCUAUGCGACGCGGGCAACGAAGACAGGCUUUCCCAGCUUGAUCAACAACUGCGGCACAUCCAACAGGGAAUCGAGCGACUCGACCUGGAAGGGCUCCAUCGACGAAACAACGACCACGAAGGUUUUAUGACAAGGUGGGCAUAA